CCAUUAAUUCGCAGUUCAUUUUUGCCAAUUCUUAACAAGCUUCACCAACCCACCAUGAAGUUGCUUUUGGUCAUUGCUACCGUUUGUGUGGUAACUUACGCCGGUAAGGUUGACCCAUCCCUCCAGAUCGCUGUAGAAAAUGGAGUAACCGACGCAAUCCUCGAGCUGCCUCAGAUCGUGGGGCAGAUUGAGAACAAUCCAGCCCUCCAGUCCCUUUCCGGAGCUGGGAAGGUUUCCGCCCUGGUCGCCACGCUGCAAGGUCUCACGUCCGCUGCCCAGGCGCCACUCGUCACUGUCGCGAAAUCCCUUGACCUCGAAACUGAGCAAUAUUGGGCAUCAAAUAUCAUCCUCGUGAAGGGACUCACCUUAGAAAAAUUGCUCACACUUGCCAACACUCCGGGAGAUUUCACCCUCCGUGAACAACACGUCGUCUCAAUCAACUCAAACCUACGAGCUGGACGUGAUUUAAGCAUCUUGCAAAAUCCACAAUGGGGCGUGGCUAAGAUUCGCGCACCGGAAGCCUGGAGCAUCACAGACGGUGCCGGUGCGGUGGUGGGCUUCAUGGAUUCGGGGGUAAAUCUUGCUCAUGAAGCUCUCACCACUGGAUAUGCGGGUGCCUGGUUGGACCCAUAUUACAACACGGCUGACCCCACGGAUCAAAAUGGUUUCGGGUCUCACACUGCUGGAGUUGUCGUUGGACGCACGAAUGGCAUCGGAGUCGCUCCUGGAGCGCAAUGGGUCGCCUGUCGCGGUCUCAACCAUCAAGGUUCCGGAACUGAGGCGGCUUUAGUUACGUGUGGGCAAUUCAUGAUGACGGCUAACCCCAAACCAAAUGUGGUUUCUAACGGAUGGGGCGGUGGAUCCGGUUCGACUUGGUUUAACCCGGUGAUCACCGGUUGGCGAAAUGCGGGGAUAAUUCCGGUCUUUGGAGUAGGAAAUUCUGGCCCUAAUUGCGGAACCAUCGGUUCUCCAGGAGAUAAUGCGAACGUGGUCGGUGUUGCAGCAUCAACUGACACUGACGCCAUAGCGACAUUUGCCUCCCGUGGACCGGGGGCGGGGGGACUGCUUAAGCCAGACUUUGCCGCACCAGGCAGUAACACUUUGUCCGCUGGGACGGGCAGUAAUAAUUAUGUGACAAUGUCGGGAAAUGGAGCGGCUCCACACACCGCUGGUGCAUUUGCUCUUAUCAUCGCGGCACAUCCUACUUGGGGCUUUAACGAGGCGUACAAUGCAUUGGCAGCUAAUGCGGUACACCCACCACUUGCAGACGCUGAUAAAAAUUGUGGACUUCCGACACCCAAUGACUUUCCAAAUUAUGUUUAUGGCCAUGGUCGAAUUGAUGUUGCUGCUGCACUUGGACUUUGAAUUGGAUACAAAAAAUUUUCCCCUUGUGGGUCCGUUUUGACGUUAACUUCUGAUAAUAAAUGAUCUUUCACGAAAUUUUAAUUGGAUAUAAUGAGAUAUUUAUUUAUUACAAUUUUAAAGUGCACAUUUUGCAAAAUGUGUUAUCUUUCUUUGCUUGUCAAUGAUAAUACGAAUGACACGCAAAUACAUACAUAACGCAUGUACAUAUGUAUUAGUUGGGUCUAAACAGAGUCUUGGGAUUAACGAAAGUGGGAUUAAUGAUUAGGAUUACGGAUUGAUUUUAAAAAAUUCGGGAUUGAGGAUUGAGAUUAGGGAUUAAAUUAACUCGGGAUUAAAAUUAAUUCGGGAUUAAAUCUCUCAAGUCAUUCAAUGGGAUUAGGGAUUAGGAUUAAUUUAGUCCGAUUUUAAUCCCGGAAUGGGAUUAAAGUCGUGUUUAUCGUCGAUCACAUUUAUAUCUAGUUAAUGUUUCUGAUGUCUUAAUUAAAUUGUUUUAUAAGUCUUAACAGUGCGA